AUGUUAAAUGACACUAACUUCAAAGCAUGGAAAGAGAAUGUUAUGAUAGUUCUCAAUUGUAUAGAUCUAGACAUUAUAUUAAGAGAAAAUCUUCUUACAAUAUUUCAUGAGGAUAAGAAAGAUAUGGAUAAGUGGGACUGAUCGAAUCGCAUGAGUCUUAUGAUCAUGAAGCAUGUUGUUCUAGAAGCCUUAAGGGACACUUUGUUUGAAGAGGCCACUAUAACAAGAAUUUUUCUUGAAUAACUUAAGAAAAAGUUUGUUAAGAACGAUAAGGUCAAAACAAGUAUAAUCUUAGCAAAACUUAUCUCUAUGAAGUAUAAAGGCAAAUAAAAUAUAAGAGAGUAUAUUGUCGAGAUGUCUCAUCUUGCAUCAAAACUAAAGGUAGUAAAGUUAAAGCUAUUGGAAGAUUUGCUUGUGGAUUUAGUUUUGAUUUCUCUUCCUUCACAAUUCAAUCAAUUUAAAGUGAGCUAUAAUUGUCAAAGGGACAAAUGA